GUCACGCAGCUUGCCCGGGCGCUGGAGCUUCCGCGCCGGCCAGCCGGGCCCGGCGCACGCUAGUGGGAAACUUCUGCGGGCGCAUGGCCGGAGCUCGGCGCAGCGCCGGGGAGGAAAGUAGAAGCCAAUUAAGAACUACAUGGAACAGAAUAUUCAAACAAAAACCGGAUCUCAGUUUCCACAUUUGCAAAAUGGAGAGAUCUGGCUCAUUUCAGAUCCCAGGAAACAGAAAAAUUUUGUGGACUGGAUCUUAAUCGGAACUCAGAUGAACUUUAAGAAACUAGCAUGAGAUUUCUAGUUUUUCAAGAUAGAUACACAGCAGUCCUUUAAUCAACAACAACUUGUGUCCAGGCUUUUUGUGGUUUGUGAAGACUGAGCAAAACUCUGAUUAUGGAAAUACAACGGACUUAAUUACUUGCCCCCAUGUCAUCUAAAGUCAACUGAAAAGUGAAGCAGACAGUAGCACAGCCAUGGAAAGAAAUUCAAGUUUAUGGAAGAACCUGAUAGAUGAACACCCAGUCUGCACAGUCUGGAAGCAAGAGGCUGAAGGCGCCAUUUAUCAUCUUGCCAGUAUUUUAUUUGUAGUAGGUUUCAUGGGUGGCAGUGGAUUCUUCGGGCUCCUUUAUGUCUUCAGUUUGCUGGGGUUGGGUUUUCUCUGUUCUGCUGUCUGGGCUUGGGUAGAUGUGUGUGCAGCUGACAUAUUUUCCUGGAAUUUUGUACUGUUUGUCAUCUGCUUCAUGCAAUUUGUUCAUAUUGCCUAUCAAGUUCGCAGCAUAACCUUUGCCCGAGAAUUCCAGGUGUUGUACAGCUCCCUUUUCCAGCCUUUGGGGAUCUCUUUGCCUGUCUUCAGAACGAUUGCUUUGAGCUCUGAAGUGGUUACUUUGGAAAAGGAGCACUGUUAUGCCAUGCAGGGGAAAACCUCCAUUGAUAAACUCUCCCUGCUUGUUUCAGGAAGGAUCAGAGUGACAGUUGACGGCGAGUUUCUGCAUUACAUUUUCCCCUUUCAGUUCCUGGAUUCUCCUGAGUGGGAUUCACUGAGACCCACAGAGGAAGGCAUUUUUCAGGUAACCCUAACAGCAGAAACUGACUGUCGAUAUGUGUCUUGGAGGAGGAAGAAAUUAUAUUUGCUCUUUGCUCAGCAUCGUUACAUCUCCCGCCUGUUUUCAGUUUUAAUUGGCAGUGACAUCGCAGAUAAACUCUAUGCCUUGAAUGACAGGGUAUACAUAGGAAAAAGAUAUCAUUAUGAUAUUCGGUUACCCAACUUCUAUCAAAUGUCAAGUCCAGAAAGACCCAAAUCACCGCUGACAGAACAUUUUCGGAAUUCCAGACGAUACUGUGAUAAGUGACAUCAAAGUCUGAAGUUUUAUAUCUAUUUUAAAAAGACUCUCUUCAUCAUUCCCCAAAUAAACUGAAAAAUACAGAAGACUGAGCUCACUAAUAUUUUUAUAAAUCAAGUUCAGAGGCAAGACGCCACUGCCAGAUAUUUUAUGCAUCUUACAUCCUGCAUUGCAAAUAAAUUUUACAAUUGUUUAUUGUAUGUCUUAUUGUUAUAAUUGGGGAGGGAGAAGGACGAGUAUGGGCAGUCUGAAACUCCCAUUUGCUCAGUGUGUCGGCUCGCCCCCUUGGCUUAGGCACCAGUUCUCCAACAGCUGCCAGCAAGUGUUCUGAGAUGACAGCAGGUUGCUGCUGUCCAAAUAAGCAUUUCCAGAACUCACUUGUUUUGCUACAACCUCUGAUGAAAGCAAGAUGUACUUCUGUGGGGGCAGCAAUUAUUUAUUUUAAAUGUGAAG